CAUCUAUUUUUCUCAUUACAGAUAACGAAUUGUCUGUUCUAAGCGUUCAGACGAGAAUUUCUUUACGGCCGGGAAGACAAUUCCCGAAGAUGGAAUUCUUCCAGAAGAUCGAGAAAAUCGGCCAAGGGACGUAUGGUAUAGUUUACAAGGCUCUGGACAAGAUGACGAAUGAGCUGGUUGCGAUGAAGAAGAUUCGCCUAGAUACAGAGAGUGAAGGAGUUCCAUCAACAGCUAUGCGAGAAAUUAGUUUACUCAAGGAAUUAGAUCAUUGUGCAAUAGUUCAGCUGCUUGAUGUUGUUCACGCAGAUAAAGCCAUGUAUCUUGUUUUCGAAUUUCUUGAUAAGGAUCUGAAACGACACCUAGAUGAUUAUGUUGCGAGUAGGAAGAUUAAGAAUCCUAGUGCUACAGGAGGUUUACCAGAGAAACUGGUUCGAUCCUACUUGAAACAGAUCUGCGAAGGACUUUCGUACUGCCAUUCUAGAGGUGUACUGCACAGAGACAUGAAGCCCCAGAAUCUGCUUAUCGACUACGAGGGGAGGAUUAAGCUGGCGGAUUUUGGUCUAGCCAGAUUAUUUAAAGUUCCCCUAAGAACCUUCACUCAUGAGGUUAUAACUCUAUGGUACAGACCUCCUGAGAUUCUAAUGAACUCUGCUCACUACAGUUGUCCUGCUGAUAUCUGGAGUCUAGGUUGUAUAUUCUGGGAGAUGUUAACGAAACUACCUCUGUUCCCCGGAGACUCGGAGAUAGAUCAGUUGUUUAGAAUAUUCAGAGCGUUGAAUACUCCGACAGAAGAGUCCUGGCCUGGCUGUCAUAAACUCCCGGAAUAUAAAUCUGCUUUCCCCAACUGGCAGGGGAAGGAUCCAUACAAGCUUCUGCCAGAGCCCUUUGGACAAGACGCUAGAGAUAUAUUGGCGAGAAUGCUAGGAAACAAACAAUUAAAAAAACAUUGUUCGGAUCAUGAUUAAGGGAUUUAGACUAAU